CUUAUUUGCACUUUUUAUAAAAGUUCGAGGGCUUAUUUGGUAGUUGUCCCUAAAUUAUACUACCACACACAUUGAAUUUCCUUCAAGCUUGAGACCAAUGGCAAAAUUCAUUGUAUCCUCAUAAAGUUAAUUCAUGUCGGGUUCCAUUUUCUGUAUAGCAGCCUUUCUAUUUCCACAUGAAGAAGAUGACUGUGGUGAUGUUGCAGAGCUUUCCCUUAUAUCCAAUCGGCGUCUCAAUGCCGCAAGGGUUGCACGGCUGGUCCGCCACGAACCAUAUCGGGGUUGCACGUCAGCACGUAUACGGAGAUUACACACACAUAUAUAAUCAUCGGAAGCAAUCACCGUCCCUUCGAAUUGGAGCAGCUCUUCCGACGAUGGAUCGAUAUUUGCUUUCGGUCACUACUCAACUAGGGAAGAUGAAUACAGGAGACAGUACACCUCAUCAUGACUAUCCUCAGUUAGAAGCAUCCUCUUCCAGCUCUAAGAGUGUGUUUGUAACUGAUUCUGCUUCUGCUUCUUUUUUAAAAGUAGAAACAGAAUCAGAAUUAGUUUUCAGAAGUUGGUCACCCCCAGCUUCUAAAAAAACUGAUUCUAAGAGUAAAUUAUAGCACCAAAAUCACAUUGCACUUUCACCAAAACACUCCAACUUCUGCUUCUGCUCCCUGAAGGAGCAGAAGCAGUUUUAAGAAUCAGAUCCAAACACCCCCUAACUUUUGGCUUUUAAAGUGCUUUUUAUUAAUUAGGAGUCUAUUUGGUAACACUAAAAUUGGCUGAAUUGUCUGAUUCUGCUGAAAUUUAUGAAGUUCUGGUUGAAGUAACUGUAUUGACUGAUUUUGAUGAUUCAUGAAAAAAUUAUAUUUACAAUAUUUGUUAUUAAUAAAUUAAAUAAAAAACUAUAUGAAAAAUAGUUAAAAUGAUUCUCUACAGCAACUUCAGCCAAUACAGCCAAAAAAGUAACUUCAACCUUACUUUUUCUGUUUAUUACAAACUUCAGCGCGCGAAAUCAAAAACUAUUUGUUUGUUGAAAAAGUUGGCUGAUAAACCUGAAAAACCGAAAAAAAGGUUACCAAACAGACUCUAGAAGUAGGUAUUAGUAAACACUUUUUUAGCUUAUUUUUAAGUUAAAAGCUAAGAAGUUCUUAUGGUAAGUGUUGGCAAACACUGCUCUACUCUUGCCAACACAAUGAUGCAUGCCGCUACCGCUGCAAAUUCGGUUGUUGCUGCCACUGCAUAUCUGGAUCGUCAUUGGAGCUACACCGUCACCGUCGAACUGAUCCCGUCACCAACAGACUUAUCUUGAUUACGAUAGAGAACUAGGGGGCAAUUAUUUAUAUUAGAAGGACAAAUAUGAAAUAAAAGUCCUUUUUAGGGGAAAAAAAUAUAUCUACUUCUAUUUAGGAAUUUAUGCAACUACUUAGUCUAAAUAAAUUCAACUUUUUCUAUCCAC